CAAUAAGCUACACAUCUAAAACAUUUAUUACCAAGCUGGGAUGAACUUAUUUAAAUAAAAAUUCAUGGCAUUUAAUUUAAGUUACUAAAUAAUAUUUAAAAUGUAAACUUAAACCAAAGAAAUUGAAAAGGGAAAUAUAAAAGAAAGAGAGCAGAUCUGUUCUCUGUCUGGCUAGAAGUCUUCAUCGAAAAACACAGUGUUAUCCAUGGUUGUAUGCUUGUGUUAAGCACUGUCUAAUUUUCUAAAAUUUGAUCAUAUAUCUAAUAGAAGACAAAAACUCGAAGAAGAAAAUGAAAUACCUGAUAGGAUGAAAAACGUAUCAACAGAAACCCUAAACAAAAAGAGUGGUCAGCAUUCAACUGUAUAAGUUCUUUUCCUAUAUAUUUCCUAUGUAUUGGAAGAAAAGGCAUGAUGAUGGCAAAUCAAACUACAUCUUAUCUCCAAAAUUAACAAAAACCAAAGCUAUUAUGAAAUAACACCAAUAAUAUGAAAUGCUAAUAACAACAAUAACAAUAAUGAUAAUACUAAUAAUAAUUAAAGAAAUGAACAUGUCCCCUGCACGAUGAACCCAUGUCCUCUCUUACCCAAUGUCACUCGCUCUCCUCCUUUCACUGCAACAAACAAAAGGCAAGAAAGUUAUAAUCAAAGAGUGAGGUACGUUUGCCCUUUUAAAAAGUUUAAUACAUAAUUCAUCACUUAAUAACAAUUAUUAAAUGCACAUUACAUUAGUAAAUGACAAAGUUUGACUUAUAAUAUUUUUUUAAAUUAAAAGUUUUUAGCUCUCACUCUCAACUUUGCCCUUAUAAUAGUGUUUGAAUAUCAAAUGAGAGUAGUGAAGUGAAUUCCAAAACUUUUUUUCCAACAUAGUUGCUUUAAAAAAAUUAGGUUCAUGAAAAUAUAUGGUUUUCAAAACUUAUUUCUGAUUUAAAAAUAUGAGUUACAAAUCCUCUGCAUUAUGAAGGCUUCAAAAUAGAGUAAAUAUAGAUUGUUUUGAUCAAUUACACAUUUAAUUGUCAAACUAAUUUAUUUCAAUUGCAAAAUCUUAUUGAAAAUUAGAGAGCAUUAGAAUGGUAAGCCAAUCAGACCUGAGAAAGGUAGAAAUCAUAAACAUAAUUGAGCUAGUAGAGUGUUACUGGUUGCCAUUAGCACAUCCAAACGUAAUCAUACCUGUAAAUUUGAGUCUUCGGCAAAUAUGAAAUGAAUAAAUAUCAAAAGUAAAUUAAAAAUUAUUUCUACUUUGGGAUCUGAUUUUAAAAAAUGCAUAAAAAAUAAGACAGACAUAAAAAAUACAGUUUUAUUUUGCAUCUGUAAGAUACGGAGUACUAAUUAAUGGGGUGAAAGUCCAAUAAUACAUGGAGUAAACAAUAACAACCCAAUUACAGUCCAUGUAAAAAUGCAGCCUAAAUAGAGAAAGAGAGCUAUGAAGCAAAAUAAAUGAGUAAACAAUAAUGACACAUACUGCACAAUGGUCGUCUUCCUCUUCGUUCGAACCAUUGGAAGCCAAUAACCAUCUCGGGUCUGCUAGGCAAUUGUCCUCGAUGCAGGAGACGUAUGAGCCACCUCCGUUUCAAAUCCAUCCCUGCCGGAAUCCAUGGUCAUAGGCUCUGAUUGUGUCGUCGCCCUCUGGCGGAAUCCCUAGAUCUGGAAGUUUAAGGCCGACUCCUGCUUAGCUUCUACAAUACGCCUUUCUCCACUCACGGAUAGUGUCUGACAUACUCUUCCUUUUUUUACUUUUACUGUAGCAAUUUGUUUGGUGAGAAUUAGACCAAGUUAGAGGCUGUUUGGCAACUUCUGAAUAGGUAAGUGCUGAACCAGUAAGAGGUCUGAACCAUUAAGUGCUGAACCAGUAAGAGGUCUGAACCAUUAAGAGCUAGUAUAUUGCUUAACUAUUCAGAGGCAAAUGUCUGAUCAAUUUAGAUAAGAGUGCAAAUUUCACAUUAAAAAAUUAAAAAAAUGAACUUAGGGAUUAAGGAACCAACGUUUACUGGCGAGUCUGGUCAACACGCUCCACACCAUCGGAAGGACCAGGGCUGUCGAACACUGUGCAUCAAGCGUCCCGGCGUUUAGGUAUACGGCGGUACAUAGAAAGUGAGGUUUUGUUGGCGGUUGAUAGUGAAGGUAGAUGAUAUGGUUGGAGUGGGUGAAGAAAAAUGAAUUGCAAAAACACUGUAGAAAAGCUAAAGAGACAAAUAGUAGAUAAAAAAUGGAGUAUGGGUUGGAGAUGCUUGUCAAAGGAAGAACAUGAAAAAAGUGAAUGUGCUCCACUCACCACUAUUUGAGUUAGCAUAGCAUCAUCGCCCUCCCUUAUGCAUGCUUCUUUACUAAACUACAGUAAAUUUCAAAUUCUUCGAAGCUGCAUCUUUGCACUUCCUCAGUUUCCUUGCACUUCAUCUACACCAUUCCCUCUGUUGCCCAGCUUCCGUGCAUUAACUUCAAUGGAUUCACACCAAAAAUCAGCAUCAUAUUCUAAUGCUGCAUUUUCACCUUCAAAUCACAGUAGCCGUGGUGGAGGUAGAAGAUUUGAUAUGAAGGAAAACAAUGAAUGGUGGAGAGGUCAUGGCGGUGGCUCCGGAAAUGACAAAAUUGAAGCUCUUGGCCGAUUAUUAACUCGUAUUCUUCGUCACAUGGCUUCCGAGCUAAAACUUAAUAUGAGGAGUGAUGGAUUUGUCAAGGUCCAAGAUCUAUUGAAACUGAAUAUGAAAACAUUUGCCAAUAUCCCAAUGCGGUUGCACACAGUUGAUGAUAUCAAAGAGGCAGUUAGAAAGGACAACAAACAAAGGUUUAGCUUGUUGGAAGAAAGUGGAGAGCUUUGGAUACGUGCAAACCAAGGGCACUCAAUAGUGACUGUUGAAACAGAACGAUUGUUGAAACCUGUCAUUUCAGCUGAAGAAGUUCCGGUUUGCGUGCAUGGGACCUACAAGAGGAAUUUGCAAUCAAUUUUGGAGCAAGGUCUAAAAUGCAUGAAAAGAUUGCACAUUCACUUCUCAUGUGGCUUACCAACAGACGGUGAAGUAAUUAGUGGAAUGAGACGAGAUAUCAAUAUGGUGAUCUUUCUGGAUAUCAAGAAGGCAUUGGAAGAAGGAAUGAAGCUUUACAUCUCUGACAAUAAGGUCAUAUUGACGGAAGGUUUUGACGGUGUCGUGCCGGUGAAGUACUUCCAGAAAAUAGAAACAUGGCCGGGCAGAAAACCCAUCUCUUUCCCGGUUGUUUAACGUUCGAUUUCCACUCCUAUUAUCUAUGCUUUCUUUGUUUCCAUCAUCUCCAAUGGAGCCAAAGAUUCACUAUGAUGGAAUGAAGCAACAUGACUCUUUAAACUGUCUGCGCUUCUUUUAAUAGUGAAGUAACAGUUAAUCAAUGCAACCUUCAACGCUCAUCAUGGGUCAUCCGAAAACAACUGCUCUAUGUAUGAAACAUAGGGGUUUGGCUGCAUACGUGAAUACCAGUGAUACUUGGCAGCUUGGGUGCUUGUUCUCUUUUGUUCGGAUCAGAUUCGAUUAAGUUAUGAUAUGAUCUGAUUGUAAUAUUUAGAGUUGUUUCCAAUGUGAUCCGAUUUCAAUUAGAAUAGGUAAUAAGUAAAAAGAAUAAGCUGAAGCAAAUAAGUUCCGAGUCAGGGGUCUCUUUGGAAACAAUCUUUUUACUUUUGAGUAGGGGUAAGGUCUGCAUACGCACUCUCGCCAGAUCCUACUUUUGUGAGAUUAACCUUGGUUGUUGUUGUGGUUGCUGUUAUCUUUGCUUUCUUUUUCAGCUUUGUUUUCAGUACUUGUCCUCAAAGUAAGGUUAUGUUUCAGUGUAAAGACAACAACACUAAAGUGCAAACAUGUUCAGUAUGUAUCAGUGUUCU